AUGGUUCAUUUCCUCUCUGCCCACCAAAUGCACUCUCAAGCCCAAUCUUUACUUCACUUCAUCAUUUCUCGUAAAGGGAAAGAUUCGAGCUUUUCAGUUUUUGCUUCAAUUCUUGAAACUAAAGGUAACCAUUUCUCUGAUUUUGUGUUCGAUGGUUUAAUGAAUGCUUAUACUGAUUUGGAGUUUUUAUCUGAUGCUAUUCAGUGUUUUAGAUUGGUUAGAAAACAUAACUUUAAAAUCCCAUUUCACGGUUGUAAGUAUUUGCUUGAUAGAAUGAUUAGAAAUAGUUCGCCUAUUCUUGCUCGGAGGUUUUAUUUUGAGAUUUUAGAUUCUGGGUAUCCGCCAAAUGUAAAAAGUUUCAAUAUGCUAAUUAGUAGGUUUUGCAAAGAGGGUAAGAUUAAUGAUGCCCAUAUGAUUUUUGAUGAAAUCGGAAAGUGGGGUUUGCAGCCUACGGUUGUUAGUUUUAAUACUUUGAUUAAUGGAUAUUGUAAAUUAGGGAAUUUAGAUGAAGGUUUUAGGUUGAAGAAGGUAAUGGAGGAGAGUAGGAUUUUCCCUGAUGUUUUUACUUAUAGUGUUUUAAUUAAUGGGUUGUGUAAGGAUCGUAGAUUGAACGAUGCAAAUCAGCUAUUUGAUGAAAUGUGUGAGAAAGGACUGGUUCCUAAUGAUGUCACUUUUACCACAUUAAUUAAUGGGCAAUGCAAGAACGGUAGGAUUGACUUGGCAGUGGAAAUGUAUCAGCAAAUGUUAAGAAAAGGUCUGAAACCUGAUUUGAUUUUGUAUAAUACACUUAUUAAUGGACUUUGCAAGGUUGGGGAUAUGAGGGAAGCAAGAAAACUUGCUGACGAGAUGAAUGAGAGAUGUCAGAAACCUGAUAAGAUCACAUACACCACUUUAAUAGAUGGUUAUUGUAAGGAGGGGGAUUUAGAAUCAGCUUUGGAAAUUAGAAAUAUAAUGAUUAAAGAAGGAGUUGAACUUGAUAUUGUAGCAUUUACAGCUAUAAUUUCAGGAUUAUGUAAAGAAGGAAAGGUGAUUGAUGCAGAAAGAGCAUUGAGGGAAAUGUUGAAAGCAGGAUUUAAACCAGAUGAUGCAACAUAUACAAUGGUCAUGGAUGGAUUUUGUAAGAAGGGUGACAUGAAGACAGGGUUCAAGUUGCUCAAAGAGAUGCAGAGUGAUGGCCAUGUACCAGGAGUUGUGACUUAUAAUGUGCUUAUGAAUGGAUAUUGCAAGCAAAGUCAAAUGAAAAAUGCUAAUAUGCUUUUAGAUGCUAUGAUGAAUUUGGGUGUAGUUCCAGAUGAUAUAACUUACAAUAUUUUAUUGGAAGGUCAUUGCAAACAUGGAAACCUACAAGACUUUCAUAAACUACAGAGUGAAAAGGGGGUUGUAGCAGACUAUGCAUCCUAUAAGUCACUGCUUAAUGAGUUGAGUAGAAGUUCAAAAGAUCGCCAGAAGGGAUGAUUGCUGCAGAUCUAAUGCAGGUUGGGUUCUUAAAGUGAUUCGGUGAAGAGAAGCCAUUCCAGAAAAUGAGUUUAGAGGAAUGGCAGGCCAGUCGUUUAUAUCUCCGGUUAACAACCAUUGACCAAGCAUUUAAAGCAAAGACAAGUCGUUCACUUUGGUCAACUGGCGAACUAGCGUAUUUCACUUCAGUUUCAUCCCCAGAGAUUUGGCCAGCUUUUCUAUAGUUCCAUCUACAACUGAAAAGGAUUGUGGCUGAUGGAGAUUUUUCGGCAUAUGAAAAUUGCACAACUUAUGACAUUUUGAGAUUAAUAGAAACUUGAAGAUUUAGUAAAAAACUGAUAUACAUACAUGACUUUAUUAACUUACAUUUAGGAUAAAGUAUUUGGAAAGAGUAGAUUCUCAAGGAAGUCCCCGAAAUUAGCCGAAUACAUAAAUUUAAAGUUGCUUUCUAUUUUAAUGUUAGCAUUGCUUUUAGUUCAAGGUGUACCAUUUGUUCAUGACUCAAUUAUCAGUUUGGUACCUUCCGAGCUAUCUAUCUUCCCUUGAUCCAACUUCAGUGGCAAUUAGUACUGUUUUUUUUUGGGCUCUUUCCCUAAAUGCCAUUGCAAAAUAUAGGGUAACAUGUUAUAGUUAAGAGUUUUGAUUUUCAUUCUUAUUUUUUUGCCUGCACUAAUGAGCUAUGCAAUGUGGGUAUUACUUAAAUUCCCAUGUCGCAAGUUAUUGGACUUGUAAUGCUUACCACCUGUCUCUGCAAUUUUGUUAUAUAUAUAUAUAUAAUGAUCAUCAUGCACAUCGCAGGAAUUUAUAGUGAAUGUAACUAUGAAUUGUCUCAGAAAAAGUUUUUGUUUCCUAUUUCCCCUUGCAAGUUUCAUGAAUAUUAUGGGUAAUUUCUGUCCCAGGGAUCAGAUAGUUUUUUGUGCA